AUGAAGGUUUCCAUUGCCCUUGUGCCCCUCCUUGCUGGGCUCGGAAUGGCUGGCCCCAUGCGCAAGAGAGAAGAGUAUGUUACCGGAGUUGCAGGCGUCGCGGACGUUGCGAACAGCAUCAACGGUGCUAAGGUUGCGAACGUUGCUGAUGUCGCUGAUCUCACUGAUCUCACUGGUCUUACCGACCUCACCGAUCUCACCGACCUCACUGAUCUCACUGGUCUUACCGACCUCACCGAUCUCACCGACCUCACUGAUCUCACUGAUCUCACUGAUGUCGCUGAUGUCGCUGAUGUUGCUGAUGUCGUCAACAGCAUCAACCGUGCUCGCAGUAACGAUAUUGCUGAUGUCGCUGAUCUUACUGAUCUUACCGACCUCACCGACCUCACCGACCUCACUGACCUCACUGACCUCACUGACCUCACUGAUCUCACCGAUGUCGCUGAUGUUGCUGAUGUCGCCAACAGCAUCAACCGUGCUCGCAGUAAUGAUGUUGCCGACGUCGCUGGUGUUGCUGGCGUUGCCAAUGUUGCUGAUGUUGCUGACGUCGCCGACGUUGCCAACUAG